CUUCACAAUUUAAUAAAGAUUAUUCAUAUAUUAUUAUUUCAAUUGGUAGUCUACAAUUCAGAGCGAUCGUUGCGUGCUAGAGUGGAGCAACAUACCAAAAUAUUUGCGUCUAUGUGUCCUGAUGAAAUCCUCGAUUAUUAUGACAAUUACGAGACCAGAGAAUAUGACACAACGUUGCUGCUCGGUGAUAUUUCAGGCUUCACAGAUCUCACAGAAAAAUAUACGAAGACUGGUGUUGGUGGUCCAUCUAAGUUAUCGGAAACUUUGAACAGCUAUAUCGGCGCAAUGGUGCAGGAAAUUCUUUCUCAUAAUGGAGACGUUGUGAAAUUUUCCGGCGAUGCGUUUAUAGUAAUGUGGAAGCUCCAAGAUGGGAUGCUAAUGCGUGAUAUCGCCACGGAGGCAAUGCAAACUGCAUGCAUCAUACAGAAACAUUUUGGAAUCUAUAACACUGAUGUUGGUGUAUUACUCAGAGUAAAACUUGCCAUUGCUUCCGGAAUAACGUACUUCACGUCUAUUGGUGAUCCAGACACGAUGUCUUAUUAUGUCAUUACUGGAAAACCUGUUUGGGAUGUAAAGUUUGCCGAAGGAUUAUGCAAAGGUGGCGAUAUUCUUGUGGCGCCCAGUAGUUGGCAAUGGGCAAAUCCUAGCGAUUAUAUUUAUGAAAAGUUGCCGGAUGGUAUACAUACUUUGAUCACAGCUUGUUCAGCAAUGUGGUAUCAAUCUAGAAUUUACGAUAUUUACAAUGUAAUAAAACGUAUUGCAAUUAAUAAAAUAGGUAACAGAAAUACUGAACACGAUUUACUGAACAGAAAUUUUCUUGAUUCAUUGCGUAAUGACAAAGCGCCAAAUAAUGCAACCUUAACGAAUUGGAUCAAUAUGGUUACUGCUCCAGAAUAUUACGAGGAAGUUGAUUAUAGUUUGAGGCCCAAAGUUAUAAAGGCAGCUAAAGAAGGAUUGAAAGAUUUAUUGAGAUGCUAUAUGCUUAGACAGGAAAAAGGGGGGGAGCCAUUAGAAUAUCUUACAGAAAUGAGGCAAGUGGUCAUACUCUUUAUAAACAUCAUCACAACGGUUAUGGAUAACAAACAAUUGGUCUCGCUCGUUGACAGGGCUUAUAAAUUAGUUUGCGGGGUAGUUAGUGAGAUGCACGGAUGCGUGAACAAGACAUCUCUUUUCGACAAAGACCUAAUAUUUCUUUGCAUAUUUGGACUACGGGGCGAGAAACACGUGUUGGAAUCACAGAUCGGAUUGAGAUGCGCCAGUACGGUGCGGCAAAAGCUUCUAGCAAUAAAAAACGUAGAAUCUGUGACAAUCGCUGUUACCACUGGAAUGACAUAUUGCGGUGUAGUUGGUCAUAUUUUACGGAGGGAGUAUACUGUGAUUGGAAUGGCAGUAAACAAAGCAGCCCGUUUAAUGGUCGCAUACAAUAACAAAGUAAUAUGCGAUCGAGAAAGUUUUUUGCGCUCUCGUCUUGAAGCGAGACACUUUAUACUGCAAGAGCCAAGACAUUUGAAAGGAAUCACAAAUGUCGGUCCAAUUUAUGAGUUUCAAGAACAGAUAAAAUUUAUUACGCCUGAAUUAAUACAGAAAAAGUAUCCUUUGCUUGGACGACAAGAGGAAAUCAAAAUUUUUCAACAAAUGUUAUCAAAUUUGAUAACACAUUUCACUUUGGAUGUAACAACGGAUCAUGUGCAGCUUGAACACAAUACGCUAAUUAUAAAAGGUGAACCGAGAAUUGGCAAGACGAGAUUGUUGGAUGAAAUUGCACGGAAUAUACCUGCAAAUAUACCACGCAACUAUAUUCCCUUGAGCAUGGGCGAUGCUAAGAUUAGAUUAAGAGUCCGAACUGAUUUGAUCCACCUGAUAUUUUCCGUACCGUUGGGCUUCAGUGCCGUCACUACCCCGAGAGAGCGCGAAGAAAUACUGAUGUCACGAUUAGGCUAUAUACGCGAUCCAAAAUUUCUUUGUGCCCUUAAUCAGCUCUUCAAUGUGGAUUUCAAGAUGCAUUCAGACUACAUAGCGCUAUCUAGAAAGCAAAAGUACAAUGUGUUGCGCAAGCUUUUACUCAAAUUAAUGAGAAACUGUUUCAAGGAACUAUGGGUGAUAAUUAUUGACGACACUCAGCAUAGUGACAAUGAUUCUAUGAAAUUGUUUCGUACGAUAAUCAAACAAAAUACAAUCUUCUUCGUCCUCAGCUUUGGACGUACGUUCAAUGGCGAUUACGAAAUACACCCCGAUAUUUCGAAGAGAGCACGAAUCAUCGAAUUGGGUUGCAUAGACAAAUGGUAUCACGCAGGGCUUGCAUGUCAGUUCCUUGAUGCAAACGGAAUUCCUCCGGAACUCGAGAGAUUGAUUCAAGAAAAAAGUUUUGGUAAUCCAGGAUGGAUAGAAAGUUAUUUGCUGAGUCUCAUGCAAUCUGGUAGUCUUGUAAUAGAGCAUAUCAGCAAAAUGAUUGCCGAGGAAAUGGGUUAUGUACUUCCUCCCAUUUAUAUGCUAAAAAGAUCUGAAGAUAUCCCAGAAGAUAUCUUUCCAAAUAACGAAGAAGAACGUUCAGACAAGUGGAAAAUGUACAGGACAAGCUAUCGUAACAAUUCAAUAUCUCCAAAGAUGUUGCAAACUAUCAUUCACAAAACGGGAAUGCCAAUUUAUGAUGAGGAAACAAUUGCCAUUUGCAAAUUUACAGAAAGUUUUGUAGAAGAGGGAGAGACUGAAGUGACAAUGGACGCUGUCAAGAAACUCUUUGAGAUUCGAAUUUUUGGAUGCGCACGAGGUGAUUUUACUAUGAGCGGUAGUCCGCUGGUAUUUAAUAGAAAUAGAAAUAUAAAGGAACCUUUUCUCGAGACACAAAUUGCGUGCGAAUGUGUGAAUCUUAUGAUACCAGAAGAACUAACUGAUCUACCACAGUACACGUCUUGUGGUUUGAUGUAUUUCAAAAUGUCAAUGUUCCGCGAAACUACUUAUAGAUCACUCACAGAACAUCAAAAAAUGGAAUUACAUAGCAAAGCGUUAAAAUAUCUUCGGCAACAUACUAAACGAUAUAUACAAGAGGUAGCAGAAAGGACACCGAUUUGUCUCAACAUCUUUCAAAAAGUCAGAAGACCUACUAAGACCUUUUCUAACGUCGACUUUAGCAACUGUCAAUGCCAUCUUAUCUUAAUGACUAUCUAUGCUCAGAUGUUAGAACAUUGUCAAGGAAUCGGAAAACAAGACAUAAUCUUAACGGCGAUUUUGGAAUUUGUGGAGAUCUGUUUAGCAAAUAACAAUGUACCUCAAGCUCGCAGACUUCUGAGUGAUGCUGAAACUCUGAUUCAACAAAUAGCCGAGUCCAAUGAAGAGAAAUCAAUCUUCCUGUCUUACCUCACCGCAAAAAUUCAGACGUUUCAAGGUAAAUGUCAUUUGGAAAGCGGUUUAAUUUCCGAAGCAAACAAGAAGCUGAAACAGGCAAUGAUCAGUCUAGGCUAUCAUUUUCCUCAACGCAAAUUCGCGAUCGAUUUAAAGUCUACAACUCAACUCGAAUUGCUAAGAUGGAGAUUGAUCUGUCCUAAGCGUUGGAAUAUUGACAUCACCGAUGAACUUACUAUAAAUUAUAUCGAGCAACUGGCUAAUUGUUUGGCAUUGAUAUUUGUUGUUUACAGAGGAACAAAAGAUAUGAAGAAACAUGCACGGCUAGCGGCCAUUUGGAGCUUAAACGCUGCAAUGGAUGUGUCAAAUGAUUUUGUUACACUCUGCACUUCGUUCACGAAUAUGAUGAUCAUUGCUCACGUCUACCAAACCAAGUCAAUUGUUCCUUAUUUGGAAAAAGAGGCUCUUAGUAUCUGUGCAAAGAAAGGAGAUUUACUUGAACUUCAAGAGCUCAAAGUCAUUGCUGAACUUUACGCAGGGAUAUUUUUUUCGCGAUGGUUGAGAGGAGAAAUCAGCAAAGCGAUUAGAAUCGGCUUUAUUACGAUGAGGAUGGCACAAACUAUCGACUCUAUGUUCCUCAAAUUGCUCAUGCUACCAAGAUUAGUACACUUGCUCAUGAUUUCAUGUCGUCAUUCGGAAGUCGUGAGUUUGUUAAGAGACUUAGAAUUCAUAUCGCGAAAUGUUUUGGAAAAAUCAGGUCGGACUUGGUAUUACGCCAUGUGUGCUGAUGUGCAACUUGAUACCGGUCUCACAGUCUUAUCGUUUCAAAAUUGCAAUAAAUAUUACAACCAAGAAGGAGAGACCAUAAUCAGCCUCUACGAUCCCGAAGCGGAAAGGAGAUAUUUUACGUCAAUGUGGUUGUGGUGUAUCAGAACACAGCAAUGGGAAGCUGUGAAAGUUUGGAGCAGUAGAAAUGUGACGGCUGAGAGUGUAGUAGAUGAGCACAAAGUGGCAGCGACAUUUACUGCAUUGAAGAAACUUGAGGGAUUGUUAAUUUUAUACGGAUGAAAAAUUUCAAACGUAAUGGGCCAAAUAUCUCGGAAAAUAUGAAAGAUACGGAAAAAUGUU